AUGAGCGAGUCAUAUGGUCCUCUUGUUCGCCUUUGGGGCAUCCAUCCGUCGAAACUCCCACCUGCAGGAGCCACAACUGAGGAACUCAAGGUCCUUCUCGCCUCAAUCCUCCUCGAGGCUCUCCCCUUCAUCAGUUCCGUACCAUCCGAAGGUCCAGCCGCAGAUCAUACCACAGAACAACGCACUCCCACCGAGCUAUGGAAGCACAAGUCAGUUAAGACAUUUGAAGGCUCUACGGCUGCUGUGCAUCUCUUUGAGCGCACUGUCGACUCGGAAACCCUCGACGCACUGGCCCAGACCCAUUCAUCACUGGGCAUCAAGCCAGGCAAUAUUCAGUCAGAAACUUGGGCAUUGCGUCGGAGCACUCACGUUGGGAAGAAGGAAGAGGGUACUGCGGAUUGGGUCGAGUUUUUGAGGUGUUUUAAAGAGGAGCAUGCAGAGGCGGAAACGGCCUUUACACCGAGCGUCUUGAGCUCGUCAAGGCUGCAGGAGUGGGAUUGUAGAGGGAUAGAGGUCGAAGUCGAGGGCACGACAUGGACGGAUUGGACGCUUCGUCGUGAAGUGGCAGUUCAUCAGCUCCCAGGCCCUCUUACUCGCCGCGUCUUUCCCGUCCUGCAGGCCACAACUUCGUUAAAGGGCCAAAAGGAAUUUCUUGUUGUCCAGAUCGCCAUGCAGGCCAGCGAUGACGCUGAUGAAUCUUCACAUAAGGGUACAGUACCGGCAGCGUAUACGAGUGUCGAGAGGGUGAGGGAGUUGGCGGAUGGGAGGAUAGAGUGGGUGAUGGGGACAGCGUCUGAUGCGAGAGGUCUGGUGCCCAUGUGGAUGCAGAAGUUGGGCCUGGCGGGACAGAUUGCGAAGGAUGUGGGCAUGUUUCUACGAUGGAUUGCAAAGGAGAGGAAGAAGGGAAAAGAUGCUCAAGUUAUCGGGGACUUGGAGUAG